GGGGGAGUUUAAAGAGAAAAAAACAAAAAAAGGGCCGGACUCUUUCAUUUACAGCAAGCUUGGAGUGACUUGACUUUGAGGGAGUCCCAUGAGAGCCAGAGUGAAGUCUAAACUUUUGGCAAGGCAAUGCUGCUUCUGGUAUGACUGCAUGGUGUCCACCUGACCUGUAGAUGCCCAGUUAGGACCGGCCACUGGAGGAAACUUUAUAAGUCCGUAUUCUGCCCAUGGAGCUGAACAACCUCUGAAUGCUGAAUGAGGAAGAUUCUCCUGUGCCCUGUCUGCAUCGUCUUUCUGAAUUUGCCAGUCUGCCACGAGGGGAGUAACAGAGAGGAGCACAUUGGAUACUUAACUUGGCACCCUUGUGAGCCCUCUCGGGGAAGCCAUGAUCCUCUCCCUACACUGGCUCCUGCUGCUUUGGAGGCUUCAGUGAGUGAGAAGAAGAACAAACCGUAUUUACCCAAUGCUAUAGCACAAAAUGGCAAAUCGCUCAUCGACGAGGACUGCGGCGUAGAGCUGGCCUUUCUGAUCGACAGCUCGGAGAGCGCCAAGAACAACCAUGCCCAGGAGAAGCGCUUCGCUUUGGAUGUGAUGGACCGGCUACAGGGCCUCCGGCUGCAGACCGGCCGGGGCCUCAGCACCCGCGCCGCCCUCCUGCAGUACAGCAGUCACGUCAUCAUAGAGCAGACCUUCAAACAGUGGAGAGGCAUCGAAAACUUCCGGGCCAGGAUCGCUCCCCUCGUCUACAUUGGCCAGGGCACCUACACGACCUAUGCCAUCACCAACCUGACCCGCAUUUACCGGGAGGAGUCCGGCGCCAACAGCAUCAAGGUUGCCAUCCUGCUCUUUGACGGCAUCUCGCACCCAAAUAACCCCAGUAUAUUUUCAGCCGUGAUGGAAGCAAAGAGCCAGGGCAUCCACUUCUUCACGAUAGGAAUCACUCGCGAGGCCAACGUGAUUGACAAAAUCGAAAAGCUUAGCUCGAUUGCGAGUUCCCCAGCUUCCCGCUACCUCCACAACCUGCAGGACCAGGGCAUAGUGGACAAAGUCAUCAAGGAGAUUACGGCGCUGGCAGAUGAAGGGUGUCCACAGUCUCAGGCCCAGUGCCAAUGUGAGAAGGGUGAGCGUGGACCCAGCGGGCCUGCUGGCAAGAGGGGUCGUGCUGGAGAGGAUGGAAUCCCUGGUGUCAAAGGACAAAAGGGUGAAAGUGGGCUGAGUGGUCUUCCAGGCCAAGAGGGGACAGAGGGAAAACCUGGAUACAAAGGAGAGAAGGGGGAGAGAGGGGAGUGUGGAACGCCUGGAGUAAAGGGAGACAGAGGUCCCGAGGGUGUCAUCGGUCCAAGAGGAAAUCGCGGCCUCCAGGGUUUGCCUGGUCCACCUGGUGAUAUGGGACCUGAGGGAGUGAUGGGCAAGAAGGGGGAAAGGGGACUUCCUGGACCAUCUGGAUUACAAGGGGAAAUAGGGAUUGGCAUCCAGGGACCAAAGGGCGAUGUCGGCUUCCAGGGCCAGCCGGGUCCUACAGGUCCACCGGGUCUUGGCGAGGCCGGCCCACCGGGGCCUCAAGGGCCACAGGGAGUCCAAGGGGAGAGGGGACCAAUAGGAGAAGGUCUCCCUGGAUCAAAGGGUGAACGAGGCCUCGAGGGGCCGCGGGGGCCCCGGGGAAUGCCAGGUGCUGGAAUCAAAGGAGACAAGGGGGAAUUUGGCCCUCCAGGUCCUGGAGGGAUGAUAGGCCUCCCAGGAUUGGGGAUACAAGGAGAAAAGGGCGUUGAGGGCCCGAGAGGGCCACCGGGGAUCAGAGGCCCGCCGGGCGAAGGGUUUCCUGGAUCCAAGGGAGACCAGGGGCUUCCCGGGGAGGUCGGCGCCCCGGGGGAGAGAGGGGCCGGCGAGCCUGGAGCAAAGGGCGAGCCGGGAUCGCCGGGAUUCUCAGGUCUGCCGGGUUUGCCGGGCGAGGACGGGGCACCCGGACAGAAGGGUGAACCGGGAGCCAUUGGCCUCAGGGGGCCAGAGGGGGCUCCGGGAAUUGGCACCCAGGGUGAAAAGGGGGACCAAGGACAAAGAGGAAUUCGGGGCUUGGCAGGUCCACCUGGCAUUGCUGGACCCUCAGGUCCAAAGGGAGAACCAGGGACACAAGGAAGGGCCGGUGCCCCUGGUCAACCAGGACGCUUCGUCACUGGACCCAAGGGUGAUCCUGGCCCGAAUGGUCCUCCUGGUCCGAUUGGGGAGACUGGAUAUGGACUUCCUGGUCCAAAGGGCGAUCGAGGCGACCCAGGCCCCGCAGGUCCAUUUGGUCCCAAAGGAGAUGGCUAUCCAGGGCCCAUGGGCCCUCCAGGUCUGCCAGGGCUCCAAGGAGAACCAGGCCCCGAAGGCGUAGGCAUCCAGGGCCCAAAGGGGGACAUUGGAUUUCGUGGGUUGCCUGGGUUGCAGGGACCCCCAGGUGAAGGCCUCCAAGGACCGCCGGGUAACCCAGGGCGACCUGGUCCUCCUGGCCCAACCGGGCCACAAGGACAAGGAAUACAGGGGCCAAAGGGUGAACAGGGGACCCAGGGUGUCAUUGGGCCUAGAGGGCCGUCAGGAGAGGGUUUCCCUGGACCUAAAGGUGACCGAGGUUCAUCGGGCGAGAGGGGGCUCAAGGGAAUCAAAGGAGAUAUGGGAGACCCUGGAAACCCCGGGCAACCUGGUCGAACCGGGGUCAAAGGUGAAGCCGGCCUAACUAGAGAUGACAUCAUCCGGAUGAUCAAAGAGAUCUGCGGAUGUGGGAUCAAGUGCAAGGAGAGGCCUAUGGAGCUGGUGUUCGUCAUCGACAGCUCGGAGAGCGUGGGCCCGGACAACUUUAAGAUCAUCAAGGAUUUCGUGACGGCGCUGGUGGACCGAGUCACAGUGGGCCGCAAUGCCACCAGGGUCGGCCUGGUCCUGUACAGCCGUGACGUGAAACUGGAGUUCAACCUGGCCUACUACAUUGUCAAAGAGGACAUCAAGCAGGCCAUCAGGAACCUCCAAUACUUGGGAGAGGGCACCUACACCGGGUCAGCCAUCCGUAAAGCUACACAGGAGGCCUUCUACAGCUCGCGCCAGGGCGUCAGCAAAGUGGCCAUUGUGAUUACUGACGGGCAGACAGACAAACGGGAGUCAGUGAAGCUGGACAUAGCGGUCCGGGAGGCGCAUGCCGCCAAUAUUGAGAUGUUUGCCCUGGGGAUCGUGAACGCCUCGGACCCGACACGGGCCGAUUUUCUGCGAGAGCUGAACCUGAUCGCCUCCGACCCGGACAGCGAGCACAUGUUCCUCAUUGAUGACUUCAACACUCUGCCAACUCUGGAAUCCAAAUUGGUCAGCCAGUUCUGCGAGGAUGAGAACGGAGCCUUGAUAUAUAACAGAGUAACUAACGGCUACAACGGCUAUGGAAACAAUGGCUACAAUGGCAAUAGGAUUGGAUCUGGGAGCUAUGCCACUGGUGGUUAUGGGUACAGGCCUAUAACUCAGGAGAACCCGCUGAAUGGCCAACAGACUGUAUUCAACACUGGUGGCGGUACCAACAACCAGGGAGGCCGGGUGGAAACCACCCGGAAAGGCAGCGAAGGAUCCAUAACGACACAGGUUGGAGGAGGCGACACGGAAACGACCAUCUAUGGAACGAGGCGCGGGGACACAUUCGACCGCCAACCUUAUCCUCCAACCAGAGAGGACACCCUCACUAGACAAGGGUCUUCUUCAGAAAAUAAAACCACACCAUUCUCUGGCAGAGAGUACGUGCCCCCGUCAAGGCCAGUGCUUCCCAAAGAGGUCGUCCCUUUGGACCCCCGCUGUGGCUUGGUACUGGACCAGGGCACGUGCCGGGACUACAGCAUCCGCUGGUACUACGACAAGCAGGCCAACGCGUGCGCUCAGUUCUGGUACGGAGGCUGCAGCGGUAAUACCAACCGCUUUGACACGGAGGAAGAGUGCAAGCGGACAUGUGUGGCCGGCAGAACCACAGGACGCUGAGUGAAGGCAUCUGUCGUGCAUCUGAUGUAGAUACUUCAAGGAGGGGGAAGCCUGAAGCCAGCCGCUCUUCACAGACACAACGGAAAGUUUCUGUAUAAUUCUCAGGCCCAGACAAAUAGAUGAAUCCAAACCUGCAUUCGUGUGUGUGCUGCAUCUCCCUCUGCUUCCUGUCCCUCUCAGGAAUUCCUUGUUUUUUUUGCUUCCACUUCCUGUAAAUGUAAAGAAAAAAAAACAGGCAUUAACAUUACUAUUAUUAUUCAUUUCUUUAACAACACGGGAUCCCUCCAUUAUUACUACUCAGGAAUAAAAUUAGUGUUUGCAUAUCUAUAGUUUAUGGUUUGAUGUCUAAUUUUAUAUACCGCCGUGAGGAUUGUGAAAAGAUCAGCUCAACAUGCGUAGCAAGAUCAGUGGUAUUUUUGUUUUUCCUCUUAAAUAAACUCAACGUUGCACUGGUGCAUAAUCCCCAGAGACAGAGUUACUUGUUGCUAAUACCAGUAAAGUAGUGGUUCCAGUUUCAUACAUAUAUAUGAAUUCUCCAACCUUGGGACCCACUGAAAUAAUUCUGUACAUUUGAAUGUGUGUUCAAUUAAUGUCUUGACUGAGAAAUGUGAUGUUUCAAUGUUUUCUGUUUUCAUUUUUUUGCUUUACUGACAGCAAACUGAGAGGCUGAAAAGAAGACCCACACAUACAAAAACACACACACGUACACACACACUGCCCUCUGCUGGGUAACACGUGCCCCUGUCACUAGAGUUGAUGCCUCAUUUGAGUGACAAGCUGUGUGAGCAGGGCCCUUUUUUGUAGACCCGGCAGGAAUGCUCACUGUGUUUUACUGUGUUUUACUGUGUAUUACGUCUGAUGUCAACCUUUUAAAUAAAGCUGAUCCUGACUGAUGAGGCAAAAGUGUUGAUAGGUGGCUCACAGUUGUUUUGGGGUGUCUGGAAGGAGAGAAUGUUUCAUUUGAAAAUAUGUUUACGUCAGUAAGUUGUGACUUAAGACCAAUUCUUCUAAGACCAAAGAUUAUUCUUCAUUACAAUACAUUCCUAUUUUAAAAUGAUUUAUUCUUUAUUAAUUUGCUCUGGGAUGUAGUCAUGUGAAAGAAAAAAACUCAGUAACUCUUAGUUUUAAGUUGUAUAUAUAUAUGUAUAAAUGUGUAUAAAUGUGUGUGUAUCAUUUGCAUAUCUACAGUUUAUGGUUUAAUAUGUGUAAUUUUAUAUACUAUCGUGAGGAUCGUGAAAAGAUCACCAUAACAUGCACAGCGAGAUAUGUGUGUAUGUUAGGAUACACAUGAGAUAUAGUACCCGUUCCGUGGUCCUGACAUCAAACUGUUAUUAUACUGUCACAACCUUUGACAUGAGCAAUACCAACUUAGGAAUUUAGAGUCUUCGCUUUAGUUCAUAGAUUUCUUUUUUUUUGUUUUCUAGUAAUGUUGAACAUACUGAACUGGACAUCUACUCCUGGGAAAACUAACAACUGACUAACAGCUUACUGUUUUCCUCUCACUCAUCUUUUUAACCCUUUAACGCCAUGCAUAUCCUACAGGAUAGAAAGAUUUCUGAGAUUUUCUAUUGCAUCAACCCUGGAGUAGUUUUUUCCUCAAUGCAUUUUGGGUUAGAUUUUGGUGGUAAAAGUGUGCAGAGAAAAUAUUGAUUAAACAACAUGU